GGGAACGAGAGAAUAAAUACGAGCGCUGGGCUGAUCCUUGAACAAACGUGUGGCCGCCGUGCGACUGUGACAGCGACUCUCCUCACUGUACCGACCUGUGGCGCUCGAGGCUCACCGCUACAUCCUCAGGGUGACGUAUACCAUGGCUGACGGGGGACAAGAUGGGAACAGACCACACCAACAAAAUCUGCAGGGCCUACUUCAUAUGGCCAUUGAAGCUGGAACCAUGUCUGACUCUGCUCCCCAAACGGAGCCAAUGUCAGAGGAGAGGAGGCAGUGGCUCCAGCAAGCCAUGAAUAGUGCUUUUUCUGGCCAAGUUGAUGAGGUGAAGAUAAUGAAGGAAUGCCUGAAAGAGUUAAGUAAUGAAACACACAAUGGCGAUGAAGAAGAUGCCAAAGAGCAGGCGCUGGAGCUGCUGGCUGAUUUGUGUGAUAAUCUAGACAAUGCCUCAGAUUUCUGCAAACUGGGUGGCAUGAACCUGCUACUUUCUCGUUACGUCAACUGCCCCCAAGCAGAACUGCGCUGGAGAUCGGCCGACCUGAUUGGCAUAUGCAGCCAGAAUGUACCAUUUGUUCAGGAGACAGCACUUCGCUUGGAAGCAGUGAAUAUUCUUUUACAACUUCUGGACCUUGACUCUAAUGAUCAAGUCAGGAUAAAGGCCCUUUUUGCUAUUUCUUGCUUGGUACGGGAGCAAGAAGAAGGACUUGCUGAGUUCCUGAAGCAAGAUGGCUUCUCUGUGUUAAUGCGAGCCAUGCAAAGUGAUGCUCAGAAACUAAAGGUCAAAUCUGCCUUCCUGCUGCAGAACCUUUUAAUAAGUCACCCAGAACACAAAGGAACCUUAUGCUCUAUGGGUAUGGUACAGCAGCUGGUAUCUCUGCUACACACUGAUCAUAGCCCUUUCCAUGAACAUGUGUUAGGUGCCCUCUGCAGUUUUGUGACCGAUUUCCCACAAGCGGUGUCUGAGUGUCGGGUCCCAGAACUAGCAUUUGAAGAUCUUCUCAAAGAACGAUGUCAGCUGCUAGAGAAAAAAGAAGAGUUUCAGGAAGAGCUGGAGUACUGCAAGAGUCUUCUACAAAUCUGCUUUCAGAAAACACCAGAAGACCGUAGUAUGGAUAGAUGAUAGUAGAAAACGCCAUUAUGAAAUGUCUGCCUCGUGAUGGGGCAAAAACAAAUGAAUGCAAUGCUGCUGUUGGGAUUUGGAAUUACAUCUCAGAUGUAUCAAAUCUUUGUUUCAAAAGAGGGCUCUGGGAUUCCUUUUAUAUUGUUAAAUAAAAUAUUUAAUGUGUACAAGUAUAACAUUCCAUGCAUAUUGUAUCUAUUUGACCUUCUGAAUUUGUAGGAGCAUUAUAAAAGUUAAUGUUUAUGUCUUUGUUAUGGUUGGAAAAUUAUAUCAAACAUCAUCCAUCUGUAA